GAGCAAGUCCUCAUCGAUCUAGCCAAGAGAGAGAGAGAGAGAGAGAGAGACAGGCAGAAGGAAAGAAAGAGAGUGAAUUGUAGAAAGCUGAGCGCCUCCUGCAUCUUUAUCCCAGCAGACCCCUCCUCUCUCUCUCUCUCCCUCCCUCCCCCCCUCUCUCUGUCUGCCUGCCAGCUGAUGCUGACUGGAGGUGAAGCUGUUUUUUCCUCUCCCCCUCGCCAUCCCGGCGAAACCUGGACGGACGGACGGGACGAGCUUUUUGGAUUUGGACACAGCUCCUCGGCGAUGACAGCGGGAGGAAACUGCUGACAACAAGCACAACAACACCGAGACAGAAAGCGGACAGAGAAGGAACGAAGGUGCUCAGUAACGCGGGAGAGAGGAGGAGGAGGAGGAGGGGGACGACAGCAACUUCCAGCGGUUGAGUCCUCGGGGCGGUCUGCGGGGAGCUCUGGAGCUGUCGCCACCACAGAGGCGUAAACCCUCCGCCACCACCUCACCUCAACCCCAACUCCAGGUCAAAGAUGGAGUACACGGACGACUUCCUGCUGGCCGAGAUCGACCACCUGCAGCUCUACGAUAGGAGCAACUUCAGCGGCGACUACAACGAGACCGACGCCUUGCUGCCAACGGGAGUGAAGGCCACCAUCGUGGUCGUCUACAUGAUCGUCUGCGUCAUCGGCCUGGUGGGAAACUUCCUGGUCAUGUAUGUCAUCAUAAGAUACACAAAGAUGAAAACAGCCACCAACAUCUACAUCUUUAACCUGGCUCUGGCCGACUCCUUGUUCCUGGCUACUUUACCUUUCCAGGGCACAGACGUGUUUCUCGGCUUCUGGCCAUUUGGGAACGCUCUGUGCAAGGCAGUGGUGUCUAUCGACUACUACAACAUGUUCACCAGCACCUUCACCCUGACAGUGAUGAGUAUGGACAGGUAUGUGGCCGUCUGCCACCCUGUCAAAGCGCUGGACAUGAGGACUCCUCACAAGGCCAAGGUGGUGAAUAUCUGUGUGUGGGUGUUGGCUUCAGCCUUUGGCGUCCCGGCCAUGGUCCUGGGGAAUGUAGAGGAGGAGCAGGAGCAUAACAGCUUUGAGUGUAUCGUGGUCUUACCUGAACCAAGGAGCCACUGGGACCCAGUCUUCGGCACCUGCAUCUUCCUCUUCUCCUUCCUCAUCCCUGUCGCUAUCAUUAGCAUCUGCUACAGCUUGAUGGUCAAGCGGCUGCGCAGCGUUCGCAUCCUGUCCGGCUCCAAGGAAAAGGACCGCAACCUGCGGCGCAUAACCAGGAUGGUCCUGGUGGUGGUGGCAGCUUUCGUCGUGUGCUGGACCCCCAUCCAGAUCAUGGUCCUGGCUCAGUCGCUGGGCUUCAACCUGAGCAGCUUGUUCACGUUGGUCCUGAUGCACUUCUGCAUCGCGCUGGGCUACGUGAACAGCAGCUUGAAUCCUGUGCUCUACGCCUUCCUGGAUGAGAACUUCAAGCGCUGCUUCCGCGAGUUCUGCCACCCAUCGCCAUUCCGACUUGACACACAGCAGUCUGGUAGGAUGAGGAGCAUCGCCAGGGAGGUGGCUGCGGCCUACAGCUGCAAAGCCGGUGAUGGCGGGGGGCCCGGGGGAGGGACUCCUAAUCCAGCAUGACUAGGCGUGGAACUCCCUUUGGUGGGGGUAGACCCCCAACAGAGGAGAGAGCAACAGGGAACAGGGAACUCCAAUACAGAAUUGACUCAGAUUACAGCUCUCUAGCGGCACGAGCCCCCCCGCCCCCCAACGAGAAGACUAGCCUGGGGUGGGGGGGAGGGAGAUGAGGAGGAUGGGGUGGAAAGGAAAAGAAUUUAGGAAUAAGGAUUGCGAUGACAAACAUAGGACCCAACAUGGAUGGAUGGAAAUGGGAUGCACUGAAAGCUAGGGUGGGAAGUAUGGUGGAAAUCUGGGACAUGGGAAAAGCUGAAACCAUUGUGGAUCCUGGGUUUUGUAACGAUUCUGGCCCCAGUUCCACUGAGGCAGUUAGGUGUGAAGCUACAGAUGUUGGGAAACCUCAGACAGACUUGCUGAAUGACCCAUCAGUCUUGAGGUGGAUGUACAACAGAUGCCUGAGUCUCUACUUGAGUGCGAGGGACAGGGGUUGGAGCUAGACAUUUCAAAAGGGGGAAUAUAAACAGCACAGGAUUAACAGAAGGAGCUGUAGAUACCAAAAUCUCCUAAACCACCAUUUGGUGAUUGUAGGAAGAACAACAAUGGAAGCAUGGAUUGUGGCUACCUAGCUGUAAGAACCUCAGACUGAAGACUUGCCAAGGAGUAAAGCUUUCUGGAAGUGUGUGAUAGAGAAAACUUCCACUGCAGAGUCUUGUAUCUUUAUCUGUUGAUGUUUCAGACUGAGGAACUAAUUGGGACGUGGUGGACCAAACAGCCUGUGUCCCACACUGAUCUCAGUAUGAGGUCUUCUUUGUGAUGGUUUCUCUCAAAAUAGGUCUACAGAAUGAUGAUAUGCUGCUGAGCCCUUAUCAAGACUUUAAAUGGGCACACACACACACAGUAUAGUGCGAUAUCUCGGACAAUAGACGUUGGAUGUUGGAUGUACAGUAAUAUCUGCAAACCAUAGCUGGUAUAAGAAAAAGAACAACAAUCUACUCUCGAUCAGUAUUUCUUAAACUUUGUCUAUGGACCCAGAAUGGGUCACAUGAAUGUUAUUUCUCAAAAUGUCCAGAAACAACAUAAGUCUGAGAAAUCCUGUCCGAAAACAAGUUUCUUAGAGUUUUUGUGAUUUUUGAAGACUUUCUACGAUCACCUGUGGGGCGUUGGACAUUUAGAGUUCGGGGGAGGGGUGGAGGGGUGGAGGCAGCAGCCUGAAUCAAAGGGUGGAUGGAUCCAAAAACAAGUUGCAGCAAAGACUUUAAAAUAUUGCCAUAAAUAUAAUCUUUUAACAGACCUGGGCAAAAACAAUGCAUUCAGAUAUUUGUUUCAAGCACCAACAGAACUACGAUGCCAAACAAGACAUGUGAAGUAAGCGAUGAGUGGAGUUGAAUUUGUUCCUCUCAAUUGGAAGAAAUGAUGAAAAACAAUCUUCAUAUUUUGAAAAAAUAUACCCAAAAUAUGAUUCACACAGCCUGCCUUGUCUCAUGCCAACAGCUAUUUGAAAAAGAAAAGAGAAAAACACAAAUGCUUGUUCAUAAUGAUGAUGAAUAAGGCUGCUAUUCAUUUAGGCGUAAUUAAAACCUAUUCUGCUCACUGAUUUGAGGCCCAGUUAAAUCCCAUUUUGAUUCUUUGCGUAUUGUUCGAGUACAGACAGAAACUGAAGUGUAUUUAAAUAAGAUUUAAGACUACUCUUUCAUGAAUCACGAGGAAUUUUGUGAUUUAGUUCAACAUCAGCUCAUUCUGGGGCCUUUAUAAUCAAGAAUAAGGUCAUCAGAAAACAGCUGCAGAAAAAUACUUUCAUCCUCUUGUGGAAAAAAAAAAAAAAAAACUUCCCCCUGCAGUGAUUCUAUUUUUAUCACCACUGUACACUGCAAAGCUGCGUCACACAUUUUAGCACCACCUCCUGCCCUCUUCACUAGAUAAACAAUAUCCACGAGCACUGAUGCAGAUUGAAGUUUGCCAACAUGAAUGUUUGCUUUCAGGGAAGUAAAACAUGAGGGCUCAUUUCUACAGAAGAUUUGGUUUUGAAGUUGCUUUUUUGGCACCUGUAAAUGAUGCAUGUGUGGAGUUACAGGCAAAAAAGAAUCACAGUAAUUUUAUCACUAAAUCCACAUAUUUUGACUGACUGUGUAAAAAGCAGUAGUAUUACAAUGAUAGACCUACAACUACCAAAUUAUUUAGGCCUUUUGAAUAACAGCAAAGUCAACAUAACAAGAUGUAAUACCACAGGUGUUCUGAAUAUGACACAUCUGGAUGUGUUGUUUUGUUUUUUCCCAGGUCAGUGCUGCUGGGGAAUCAGGGGAUCAGAGGUUAAACUGACGGGGUUUUGGGGUUGAUGUUGGUUUUGAGACUGUUGGUGGUGACCUCUGGGCGGGGUCGGGUUCGGGGUGUUACCAGUGAGUCAUUUGGACUCCCAGCACCACAGUGGCAAAGCAGGAGGACGGGGUCACAGUGUUCUGACCCGACUCCAAGGGACAAAGGGGCUCUCUCUCUCUUCUUAGUGUCUUUAAAGAGGAAAUUAACCCUGAAACAGAAACCAGGUGUUCUUACGUUAAAUAAUGCUGACUGCAUGAUACAGCAUUUAACUGUUUGACAUUUUUUAGGGCACUUAUUGGGCACUUUAACUGACAAAAGAGACAAAUAUCAAACGUUUGAAUCAUAAUGGUGAAAUUAUUUACUUCAAUUUUAAUUUUAAAUUUGUGAUUCAUAUAAUUUAAAACUCUGAACAUGUAAAAAAGGAUUGUCAUCAGUGUCCUCGGGCACUUCUGCAUUACAGAUGAGAAAAGUCCCUGAAGCAGAAUUAGUCAUUAAACAUCUGAUUCAUAGCUUCACUUUUAUAAUUCAGUUUCAAUCAUCAGUGCUAAAAGAAAAUCAGCUUUCUCACUUUAAGAGAAUGGCUGACACAGUAAUGUUUGAUGUGUUUGCUCUGACAAUUUUAUUUCACAAGUUGCUGAUUUUAACAUUGUAGAUUUUCCACCACAAGCAGUUAACAGUUAAACUGUUGAGGCUUUACGUAUCAACAUGUGGAUUCUGUUUUAGGGUUGGUGUCCCCUUUAAUUUUAUAUUCGUGUCUCUUCAUAGAAUUCAUAUUCUUUUGAUUGGUUAAGAUGUCUUGAAUUGAAAUUAAUCCAUAUGUAAUUUUCUUUUUCACAUUUUAUUUAAUAAUGAGUUUCAGAAUAGAAAGUUGGCAGCACCUGCUGUCACAAAGGCGUUAUGGUUGAUGUACGUGUCUUUUGUUGUCCGGUGAAGUUACUGUAUGUCUUUACAAACCAUCUUUGUUCGCUGCAGAUACUCUCGGCAGCGCGUAUCAUUGUGUCCAUUUCCCCAAUUUUGUCUUCUUUUUGUUUGAGAGGAACAAUUCUAUGAACUUACAUUGCCUUAAAUAUCAAGUGAAGUCUGUUACUGAAGCUCGCUCUCUGGCUGGAUAAAAUGUGUUCUAGUUUCACUGGUGCUUCGCUGUUAGUUUCUACUCGUCCAGAUCUGUAUUCAUAAAGCCUCUGAGGACAGGAGUCAUCAGCAAACCAGAGUCCCAUUUCAGUUUGCAUUUCUUAAAAAAAAAAAA